UCCUACAAAAGUUCACAUUCGUCAUUUUUGCUACUACGUCACAGAUUUUCUAUCAUUCGAUACCCUGUAAUCAAAGAAAGAUCAAGAGCCCUUUUUUGGGUUUGUUUCUGUGGGAGCUUUGGAUCUUUGCAAACAAAGGGGGAAAACAAUGCUAGCAGUUUUUGACAAAUCGGUUGCCAAGAGCCCAGAUGCUCUUAAUGCUCCUGAUCACUCCGAGGCAGUGUCUGCUCUCCAAAAUGGAUUCUUGGCUAACCACUUUGGCUCUAUUCACCCUGGUUCUGUUACCGUCAAUCUGGGCUCUGCUGGUGUCAUGGCUUACUCUCUUGAAAAGCAGAACCCACUUCUCCCUAGACUUUUUGCAGUUGUGGAUGACAUUUUCUGCCUGUUUCAAGGCCACAUUGAGAACGUUGCUGUUCUUAAGCAACAAUAUGGCUUGAACAAAACUGCAAAUGAGGUGAUAAUUGUCAUUGAAGCUUACAGAACCCUCAGAGAUAGAGGCCCUUACCCACCUGACCAGGUUGUAAGAGAUAUCCAGGGAAAGUUUGCUUUCAUUCUCUAUGAUAGCUCUUCAAAAGUCACAUUUAUAGCUUCUGAUGCUGAUGGAAGUGUACCUUUCUUCUGGGGAACUGACGCUGAAGGCCAUCUUGUUCUUGCUGAUGAUGUGGAGACUGUGAAGAAGGGCUGUGGGAAGUCUUUUGCCCCAUUCCCCAAAGGUUGCUUCUUUACAUCCUCUGGUGGGUUAAGGAGCUUUGAGCAUCCCCUUAAUGAGUUGAAGCCUGUGCCAAGGGUGGACAGUUCAGGUCAGGUUUGUGGUGCAACUUUCAGUGUGGAUGUAGAGACAAAAAAGGAACCCACUGGAAUGAAAAAAGUUGGAAGUGCUGCAAACUGGUCCUCACACUACUGAGCUUAGAAAUGUCUCCUGUUUAGCGAGGCUUUUGUUAUUUGUGAGCCUCCCGCUUUUAUCCAUCUUUCCUAGUCUCCAAUUGCUAAUAUCCUAUCUCGAUGACUUGGCUGAGCUAGUGGAUAUUCAAACUCUAAAUUGUUGUCAGCCUUUUUAAAACUAAGACAGCAUUUUAUGCAGCUGUACAUGUUUGCUUACCAUCAUAACUGAGCUUGACGUGGUACAUAACAUGGAAUAAUAUUUCUUCUCAUAAAGGCUGCAAA